UAGAUUCAACUUUAGCUAAAUUUAAGUCUCUCAUUUUGUUUUGUUUGCUUUUACAUUACGGUAAAGUGUUGGGUUUGUGUGUUAAAUGUGAUGAUAUUGUUUCUAUCGCGUGUGCGCGACUGACAGCCUUGCAUCCUUGUAGCUAGCCGCUUUCCACAUAGCUUGCUAACAUCAAAACAGGUUGAUUUUUGAAGAUGAAUUUGGUCAAAAACAGGACUUUGCACCCACACCUGCGCGACGAGGAAGCUCUCGUGGUGGAAAACGCCAUCCGGCUGGCGAUAGACUCGAUAAUAAAUGUGCUGUACGGCGUCAACAGUGCCAGGACUCAUGAGUACCAGCGGAUGGUGGCCGACAGGGACAAAGAGAUCCGGCGGCUCGAGUGCAGGCUGGGAGAGAUAGAGCACGAGCUGCAGGUGCUGCAGCGACAGGGAUGCACCUGUGGGCUGUUUGGAAAAGAGCUUAGCCUCAUCGGAUCGCAGACCUCCGGUGACCCACAGGGAGAGCAGAGAGGGUUUGAACCAAGCUGCAUUGACACUGAGAUGACAGCAGGGCAGCAGGAGUGUGAAAUGAGUAUCUCUUUCGGCCUUUUUGCAAGACCCCCCUCACAUGUUUCCUCCCAAAGCCAGGAGUCCAUUCUUCCUUCAUCCCCACGCAGGAUGGGUCUUGACCAGACCUGCACCUCCCACUCCUCAGAGUCCUCAGGCAUAUCAGAGGCAGCCAGCAAUCUGCCUAAAUCUCCCAGCAGCUUCGUUGUCAAAGAGGAGCCAUGUGACACAGUUUUAAUCAAGUGGGAAAAGAGUGAAGAGAGAUUCGGGGAGCAUCAGGAGAACACAAGUAGUCCCUGUCAGGACAGAGAGAGCCCCAGUGUAAAAAAAAAACUGGAGAACAGAGAGAAACCUCAUGCAGACACAGACGGACACCUCAUCACUGAAGAAGGACACUUUAGGAACAGGAAGAAGAGCGUGCCGACAUCCGAGCUGCCGGAGGAGGCUCAGAGACUAAAGAGGGCAGCCUGGAGAGCAGCUUCCAGGCGGUAUUACGCCCGAAAAAUAGCCCGCCAACAGGGAAACCCCUCACGCUCCGGUACCUUUCCCCACAUUACAGACUCCCGGUAUUCUCAACCCAUCUCUUUUGUGGAUAAGAGAAAGAGGACGCUGAUAUCGGAGUUACCUGAAGACUCUCAGACGCUGCAGAGGGAGGCGUGGAGAGCUGCUUCCAAGAGGUACUACGCUCGAAAAAUCGCUCGCCACCAGACCAGGCCCACACAGUAUGUACACCUGCUCCAGAACAUAGAGCCGUCUGAAGAAACACUGGAACCUAACAGGGGAGGGUCCCAAACCAAGAGUGGAGGAAUAAUGUGCAACUGAUGGACAGCAGCACUUUGAGGUUUUUUAUUCUGCAUAUUUAAAGGUUGAUUUCAUUGUGUGUGAAUGUUUGUAUUGACAUUUGUCUCAGGUCUUUUGAUAUGAUCAGAAUAGUUUAGUCUGUCAUUUGUGUUUCUUCACAGUUGAAAUAUGCAAUUAAUCUGAGAACAACACAGCACAUUCAUAUAACUUCGGUUUUAAUUUCACACUCUUAUUCUUUUUCUCAUUUCAGUCUGAUUUUGUAUACUGCAUUGCAUGGCCUGUACAAACUGCUAACUGCAAAUAAGGAUUGAAUAAAUGUAUUCUGAGGCAAAGUAAA